GCGAAUUUCUGUCUAUUGUGCGUUCUGGCGAUGGUAUUCAUAGUCGUACUCGACAUGCAAUAGCCCGUAUGAGGGGUGGUAGAACUCGUCGGCAUGUGGAGUCUUUUAAUUUUGAUUCUGAUAUUCCAACUGAUCUACCAGAAACGUCAUCUUCCCAUGAGCUGAAAAAGAAAAGCACUGAAGUUCUCAUUGUUGAAAUUUUAAACAAGCUGAAUUGUACACUACGUUUUUUCUUCACGUCCCUUGUGAAAGCAUUUACCUCUGCUAAUCGUCGUAGGAUUGAUGGAGCAUCAUUGAGUUCAGCAUCUAAGACGCUUGGUACCGCCUUAGCUAAAGUAUUUCUUGAAGCUCUUAACUUCGAGGGUUAUGGUGCUACUGCUGGGCAUGACAUCUCUCUGUCAGUGAAGUGCCGAUACCUUGGAAAAGUGGUAGAUGACAUCACUUCCCUGACAUUUGAUACUCGAAGAAGGGUCUGUUUUACAGCUAUGGUGAAUAGUUUUUAUGUCCAUGGAACAUUUAAGGAACUUCUCACAACAUUUGAAGCUACAAGCCAGUUGCUUUGGACAGUGCCGUUUUCAAUUCCUGCAUCUAAUACUGAGAAUCAGAAGCCAGGUGAAAGGAAUAUAUGGUCUCACAGUACGUGGUUGGUAGAUACUCUGCAAAACUAUUGCCGAGCACUGGACUAUUUUAUUAAUUCUACAUAUCUUUUAUCCCCAGCCUCUCAAACGCAGCUUCUUGUGCAGCCAGCUUCAGUUGGUUUGUCGAUUGGACUUUAUCAUGUACCAAGGGAGCCUGAGACUUUUGUGCGAAAUCUGCAGUCUCAGGUUCUGGAUGUCGUACUACCUAUAUGGAACCACACUAUGUUUCCAAAUUGCAAUCCUAAUUUUGUUGCUUCAGUUACUUCGCUUGUUACACAUAUAUACUCUGGUGUUGUGGAUGCUAGACAAAAUCGAAGUGGUGUUACCCGGGGUACAAACCAAAGAGCCUUGCCUCUACAACCUGACGAAGCCAUUGUUGGUAUGAUUGUUGAAAUGGGAUUUUCAAGGGCAAGGGCUGAAGACGCGUUACGAAGAGUUGGAACAAACAGUGUUGAAAUGGCUAUGGAGUGGUUGUUUACCAAUCCUGAGGAUCCUGUGCAGGAAGAUGACGAAUUGGCCCAAGCACUUGCCCUAUCUCUUGGAAGUUCAUCUGACACUCCAAAACUUGAGGAUACAGAAAAGCCUGUAGAUGUUCCGCAGGAAGAAGCGGAGCCAAAAGAACCACCUGUUGAUGAAGUUAUUGCUGCAUCAGUGAAGUUAUUUCAGAGUGAUGAUUCUAUGGCUUUCCCGUUGGUGGAUUUGUUUGUGACACUUUGUAACCGAAACAAAGGGGAAGAUCGGCCAAAAAUAGUGUCGUAUCUUAUUCAGCAACUGAAGCUUGUACAACUUGAUUUCUCCAAGGAUACUGGUGCUUUGACUAUGAUACCACAUAUUUUAGCAUUAGUACUCUCUGAAGAUGAUCACACACGAGAAAUUGCUGCACAAGAUGGUAUUGUGACCGUAGCAAUUGGUAUCUUGACGGAUUUCAACCUUAAGAGUGAAUCUGAAUCAACUGAGAUUCUAGCUCCAAAAUGCAUUAGUGCUUUGCUUCUUGUCUUGAGCAUGAUGCUGCAGGCACAGACAAGACUCUCGUCUGAAUAUGUGGAAGGAAAUCAAGGUGGAUCUUUAGAGCCGAGCAAUUCUCCACAAGACUCUACGGCAGCUUUAAAAAACGCGUUAUCUUCAGAUGUUGCUAAAGGGGAGUCAAACCAGGCUUUGGAAUCGAUUUUUGGAAAAUCUACAGGCUAUCUGACCAUGGAAGAGGGUCAAAAAGCUUUACUAAUCGCCUGUGGCCUCAUAAAGCAACGUGUUCCAGCUAUGAUCAUGCAGGCUGUGCUUCAGUUAUGUGCUCGUCUAACGAAAACACAUGCUUUAGCUAUCCAGUUUCUGGAAAAUGGAGGUUUAUCUUCACUUUUUAAUCUUCCGAAAAAAUGUUUUUUCCCGGGGUAUGAUACCGUUGCAUCUGUUAUUGUUCGGCAUCUUGUUGAAGAUCCUCAAACUCUCCAAACUGCUAUGGAAUCUGAAAUACGACAGACCUUGAGUGGGAAGAGACAUAUAGGUAGGGUAUUACCUCGGACAUUCCUCACAACAAUGGCGCCUGUAAUUUCAAGAGAUCCGGUUGUUUUUAUGAAAGCUGUGGCUUCAACUUGUCAGUUGGAGUCAUCAGGAGGGAGGGACUUUGUGAUACUGUCAAAGGAAAAAGAAAAGCCAAAAGCUUCUGGCAAUGAACACGGACUCUCUUUGAAUGAACCCCUUGGAAUAUCUGAAAAUAAGCUUCAUGAUGGGUCAGGAAAAUGUUCAAAAAGCCACAGGCGAGUCCCUGCUAACUUCAUCCAGGUUAUUGAUCAGCUUAUUGACAUUGUCUUGAGUUUUCCUAAGGUGAAGAGGCAGGAGGAUGAUGAAACCAAUUUAAUUUCGAUGGAGGUUGAUGAGCCGACUACUAAAGUGAAGGGUAAAUCAAAAGUUGGUGAUCCGGAGAAAGCAGAACUUGGGUCUGAAAAAUCUGAAGAAUUGGCCAGGGUAACAUUCAUUUUGAAGUUGUUGAGUGAUAUUGUUCUCAUGUACUUGCAUGGUACCAGUGUAAUACUGAGGCGGGAUACAGAAAUAUCUCAACUUCGAGGAUCCAAUCUACCUGAUGAUUCACCUGGAAAUGGAGGGUUAAUUUACCAUGUCAUUCACCGAUUGCUUCCUAUAUCUCUCGAAAAGUUUGUUGGACCUGAAGAAUGGAAGGAGAAACUGUCUGAAAAGGCUUCCUGGUUUCUCGUCGUUUUGUGCAGUCGUUCCAGUGAAGGGCGUAGAAGAAUAAUCAAUGAGCUUUCGAGGGUUUUAUCCGUAUUUGCGUCUUUGGGAAGGAGUUCGAGUAAAAGUGUUCUAUUACCUGAUAAAAGAGUUCUUGCUUUUGCUGACCUGGUUUAUUCGAUCUUGACAAAGAAUUCAUCUUCAAGCAAUGCACCUGGUUGUGGCUGCUCACCUGACGUUGCAAAGAGCAUGAUAGAUGGGGGAACUAUUCAGUGUCUGACCAGCAUCCUUAACGUGAUUGAUCUUGACCACCCUGAUGCUCCAAAGCUUAUCACUCUUAUUCUCAAGUCUCUUGAGACAUUAACGAGGGCUGCAAAUGCUGCUGAGCAGCUAAAGUCAGAAGGACACAACGAGAAAAAAAGCACCGAUUCUGAUGAGAGACAUGAUAGUCAUGGAACUUCAACUGAGGCUGAAAUUGAUGAGCUGAAUCAAAAUAAUAGCAGUCUUCAGCAAGUACCAGAUGCAGCAGAGAAUGGACAGGAGCAGCCUCAAGUUUCCUCACAAAGCGAAGGUGAAAGGGGUUCGAGUCAAACCCAGGCUAUACCUCAGGAGAUGAGGAUAGAGGGCAAUGAGACAAUACUGCCUGAGCCUAUUCAAAUGGAUUUCAUGCGAGAAGAGAUUGAAGGUGAUCAAAUAGAAAUGAGUUUUCAUGUUGAAAAUAGGGCUGACGAUGAUGUAGAUGAUGAUAUGGGCGAUGAAGGGGAGGAUGAUGAAGGAGAUGAUGAAGACGCAGAUUUAGUGGAAGAUGGAGCUGGUGUUAUGUCUCUUGCUGGAACUGAUGUGGAAGACCCUGAAGAUACUGGCCUUGGAGAUGAAUAUAAUGAUGACAUGAUUGAUGAGGAUGAGGAUGAUUUCCACGAGAAUCGUGUAAUAGAGGUGCGGUGGAGGGAAGCUCUUGAUGGCCUGGAUCACUUCCAGAUUCUUGGGCGAUCUGGUGGUGGAAAUGGUUUUAUUGAUGAUAUUACAGCUGAGCCUUUUGAAGGUGUGAAUGUGGAUGAUCUGUUUGCUCAACGGAGACCCUUGGGUUUCGAGCGUAGACGUCAAACAGGCAGAUCAUCUUUUGAUCGAUCUGGUUCAGAAGUACAUGGUUUUCAGCAUCCGCUCUUCUCCAGACCUUCACAAACUGGCAAUACAGCGUCAGUGUCAGCAAGUGCUGGCAGCAUAUCCAGGCAUUCAGAAGCUGGCAGCUAUGACGUAGCACAGUUUUACAUGUUUGAUACACCUGUUCUACCAUUUGAUCAUGUGCCAGUUGAUUCUUUCAGUGAUCGUUUAGGAGGUGUUAGGGCACCUCCUCCAUUGACUGAUUAUUCUGUUGUUGGCAUGGAUUCAUCAAGAAGAGGGGUUGGUGAUAGUCGAUGGACUGAUAUAGGUCAUCCUCAGCCAAGUAGCCUUUCUGCUUCAAUUGCCCAGUUGAUAGAAGAACAUUUUAUUUCCAACUUGCGUGCUUCUGCUCCAGCAGAUACUAUUGUUGAAAGGGAGACUAAUACCACAGAAGUCCAAGAGCAGCAGCACCCAAUUGUUCCUCCAUCUGUUGGAAGUGAAACUGUUUUGGAGGAUGGUAAUGAAGGUAGUCAACAAAGUGAAGAACGUGAACUGUUAAAUAACAAUGAAAAUGUUAAUAACCCACCUGAUGCGACGGCUGGAAGUUUCUAUCAGGCUCAAGCUAAUCUAGCUUCUCCAGUCGUCCGAGAUGCAGGUGAAAGCCCGCAGCCUCUUCCUUUGAACAGUACACCUAAUGAGAUUGAUAGAAUGGAAGUUAUGGAAGGUGAUGGAGCACCUAUUGAGCAAGCAGACCGCGAAACAGUGCAUCUUAUCUCCACUGCCCAUGGUCAAGAUGUGUCUGUAACCGUGACCCCUUCUGCAGUUGAUGGUCCUGAUUCUAAUUUUCAACCAAGUGUUGAUGUAGAUAUGAGUGGCGAUGGUGCAGAGGGAAAUCAAAGUGUGCAACCUUCACCUUUGAACCGUGACAACAAUGAGCUCUCAUCCAUGGAAGCUACACAAGAUGUGAGAAGUGAUGAACAAGUUGAUGAAGGUAGCUUGGAUGGUGGAGCACCUGAAACGAAUGCCAUCGAUCCUACGUUUUUGGAAGCUCUCCCUGAAGAUUUGCGGGCAGAAGUCCUUGCUUCUCAGCAAGCUCAGUCUGUCCAGCCUCCAACUUAUGAACCACCUCCAGUAGACGACAUAGAUCCUGAAUUUUUGGCUGCACUCCCCCCGGAUAUCCAAACAGAAGUUCUUGCUCAACAAAGGGCACAAAGGAUGGUACAGCAGUCACAAGGACAACCAGUUGACAUGGAUAACGCUUCAAUUAUUGCUACUCUACCUGCUGAUUUACGUGAAGAGGUUCUCUUAACUUCUUCAGAAGCAGUUUUGGCAGCUUUGCCUUCACCUUUACUUGCAGAAGCGCAGAUGCUCAGAGACCGAGCAAUGAGUCACUAUCAGGCUCGUAGUAGUGGUUUUGGAAGUAGCCACAGGCUGAAUAAUCGGAGGAAUGGUUUGGGUUACAAUAGGCUGACAGGGAUGGACAGGGGUGUUGGAGUCACUAUUGGUCAGAGGGCUGUUUCAUCUUCUGCAGAUGGCUUGAAAGUUAAAGAGGUUGAAGGAGACGCUCUUGUGAAUGCUGAUGCCUUGAAAUCACUAAUCAGGCUAUUACGACUAGCACAACCGUUGGGAAAAAGCCUUCUGCAGAGGCUUCUAUUAAAUCUAUGUGCUCACAGCGGUACAAGAGCAAACCUGGUUCAACUUUUACUGGAUAUGAUUAGGCCAGAGAUGGAAACAUCACCAAGCGAGUUAGCGAUAACUAAUCCGCAAAGACUCUAUGGCUGUCAAUCAAAUGUUGUUUAUGGUCGAUCGCAGCUGUUGAAUGGUCUUCCUCCUUUAGUGUUCCGUCGGGUGCUUGAGGUUUUGACUUACUUGGCGACAAAUCAUUCUGCUGUUGCUGACAUGUUGUUUUACUUUGAUUCGUCACUUCUAUCCCAGUUGUCAAGCCCAAAAGCCUCUGUAUAUGAAGGCAAGGGUAAAGAGAAAGUUACUCAUGUGGCAGAUCCCCGGGAUCUGGAGAUACCUCUGGUUGUCUUCCUAAAACUGCUUAACCGGCCUCAGCUUUUGCAGAGUACAUCUCAUCUAGCGCUGGUCAUGGGUUUGCUGCAAGUUGUUGUCUACACAGCAGCAUCCCGAAUUGAGGGUUGGUCUCCGUCAUCAGAAGAACCUGAGAAAUCAGAAAACAAACUCGUCGGUGAAGAAGCUUCAAGUGAAACACAAAAAGAUGCUGAAUCUGAGCGAGUGGAUGAAGCUGAGCUAUCUGUUGCAAGAAGAAAGAAUUGUGCUGAAAUAUAUAACAUAUUCUUGCAUUUGCCACAGUCUGACCUCUGCAAUCUUUGCAUUCUUCUUGGAUAUGAAGGGUUAUCGGAUAAAAUUUACUCAUUAGCGGGAGAGGUACUGAAAAAGUUGGCUACCGUAGAUGUGGCUCAUCGCAAGUUUUUCACGAAAGAACUCUCAGAAUUAGCGAGUGGUUUGAGUGCCUCAACUGUCCGCGAGCUGGCAACACUAAGCAAAACACAGAAGAUGAGUCACAGUACAGGUUCCAUGGCGGGGGCUUCAAUUCUCCGUGUUCUGCAAGUGCUUAGCUCACUAACUUCCCCUAUUGAGGGUAGCAAUGCGGGAACUGAAAGGGAAACUGAACAGGAGGAACAAAACAUUAUGAAGAGACUGAAUGUGGCAUUAGAGCCUUUGUGGCAGGAACUUAGCCAGUGUAUCAGUAUGACGGAGUUGCAGCUGGAUCAUACUGCAGCUACAACAAAUGUUAACCCCGGAGAUCAUGUUCUAGGGAUCUCUCCUCAGUCCUCUCUUUCUCCUGGAACUCAGAGGCUCCUGCCUCUUAUUGAGGCUUUCUUUGUACUCUGUGAAAAGAUUCAAACUCCGUCAAUGUUACAGCAGGAUGCAAAUGUGACAGCGGGAGAAGUAAAGGAGUCUUCUGGUCAUGGUUCAUCAUCCAAAUCCAGUGUAGAUUCUCAGAAAAAGUCUGAUGGCUCUGUUACAUUUGCAAAGUUUGCGGAGAAGCAUAGGCGACUCUUGAAUUCAUUUGUUAGGCAAAAUCCGAGUUUGCUAGAGAAGUCUCUUUCAAUGAUGCUCAAGGCGCCUAGGCUGAUUGAUUUUGACAACAAGAAAGCGUACUUCAGGUCAAGAAUAAGGCACCAACAUGAUCAACAUAUUUCUGGGCCAUUGCGUAUUAGUGUCCGCCGAGCUUACGUGCUGGAAGAUUCGUACAAUCAGUUACGUAUGCGCUCCCCACAGGAUCUGAAGGGACGUCUGAAUGUGCAGUUUCAAGGUGAGGAAGGUAUUGAUGCCGGUGGUCUUACCAGAGAAUGGUAUCAGUUAUUGUCAAGAGUUAUAUUUGACAAAGGAGCGUUGCUCUUCACUACUGUUGGAAAUGAUGCCACCUUCCAACCGAAUCCCAAUUCUGUUUAUCAAACUGAGCAUCUAUCAUACUUCAAAUUUGUUGGUCGCAUGGUGGCAAAGGCAUUGUUUGAUGGGCAGCUUUUGGAUGUCUAUUUCACUCGUUCCUUUUACAAGCACAUUCUCGGUGUGAAGGUGACUUAUCAUGACAUUGAGGCGGUGGAUCCUGAUUACUACAAGAAUUUGAAGUGGCUAUUAGAGAAUGAUGUGAGCGACAUACUCGACCUCACAUUUAGUAUGGACGCAGAUGAGGAGAAACAUAUUCUUUACGAAAAGACUGAGGUGAUGGACUAUGAGCUUAAACCUGGAGGACGAAACAUACGGGUAACAGAAGAAACAAAACAUGAGUAUGUUGACCUUGUGGCCGGCCACAUACUUACCAAUGCUAUUCGGCCUCAAAUCAACGCCUUCCUCGAGGGCUUUAAUGAAUUGAUACCUCGUGAGCUUGUAUCGAUUUUCAACGAUAAAGAGCUUGAGCUCCUAAUCAGUGGGUUGCCUGAGAUUGACUUUGAUGAUCUAAAAACCAAUACCGAGUAUACCAGCUACACGGCAGGAUCCCCAGUUAUUCAUUGGUUCUGGGAAGUCGUUAAAGCUUUUAGCAAAGAAGACAUGGCUAGAUUUCUUCAAUUUGUCACCGGAACAUCAAAGGUUCCUUUGGAAGGCUUCAAGGCACUGCAUGGUAUUUCUGGCCCUCAAAGACUACAAAUCCACAAAGCAUAUGGAGCUCCGGAGCGGCUGCCAUCAGCUCAUACAUGUUUUAACCAACUAGACCUCCCUGAGUAUCAGUCUAAGGAACAACUACAGGAACGCUUGCUACUUGCCAUUCAUGAAGCGAGUGAAGGUUUUGGGUUUGCCUGAACAAAGCUUUUUUCUGGAAACCGUCACCUUUAUAAUCAGUGGAAAACCCAUCAAUCCUUCAUUAUUUUGACUCCUCUGUACAUAUCUCGAAGAUUUUCAGGCAGGAUAAGGAGAAAGAGCUUUUGAUUAAAGACUGCAGCAGAAUGAAUAGAAAACUCAAGGGGGCUAUUUUUGUUUGUCCAUAUAUGUUAGUAUUAGUCUAUUGUUAGGGUUUCUCUCUCUCUCUCUCUCUCUCUCUCUCUCUCUCUCUCUCCUUAGAUUUUGUAAAUCAAAAAUCUUUUUAAAAGAGUUGCAAACUUCCCAAAUAUUAUAGUAUUAGUUGAAUAUUUGCUAUCCAUUUUAUAGUAGCAAAAUAAGAUAUGAAAAUUACACAA